AUGGCCACCUCCACCAUGUCCGUCUGCUCCAGCGACCUGAGCUACGACAGCCGCGUCUGCCUGCCCGGUUCCUGUGAUUCUUGUACUGAUUCCUCCUGGCAGGUGGACGACUGCCCAGAGAGCUGCUGUGAGCCCAGCUGCUGCCAGCCCAGCUGCUGCCAGUCUAGCUGCUGUGUCCCCAGCUGCUGUGCCCCAGCCCCCUGCCUGACCCUCGUCUGCACCCCGGUGAGCUGUGUGUCCAGCCCCUGCUGCCAAUCUUCCUGUUGCACACCCUCAUGCUGCCAGCAGUCUAGCUGCCAGCCAGCUUGCUGCACCUGCUCCCCCUGCCAGCCAUCCUGCUGUGUGACUCUCUGCUGCAAACCUGUCUGCUGCACACCCAUCUGCUCUGGCUCCUCCUCAUGCUGCCAGCAGUCUAGCUGCCAGCCCUCAUGCUGCCAGUCCUCAUGCUGCCAGCCAUCCUGCUGUGUGCCUGUCUGCUGCAAGCCUGUCUGCUGCACACCCAUCUGCUCUGGCUCCUCCUCCUGCUGCCAGCCAUCCUGCUGUGCUCCUGUCUGCUGCAAGCCCUGCUCCAGCAUGUCCCUGCUCUGCCGCCCCGUGUGCAGACCCGCCUGCUGCCUGCCCACCUCCUCCUGCUGUGCCUCCUCCUGCCAGCCCAGCUGCUGCCGCCCAGCCUCCUGUGUGUCCCUGCUCUGCCGCCCUGCCUGCUCCCGCCAGGCCUGCUGUGGCCUCUCCUCAGGACAGAAGUCCAGCUGCUGA